AUGGAAAUAUUAUCCGAAAAGACUGGACCCUUAGGUGGUAUCAAGGGAGACGCAUUCGACGAUGGUGUUUUUGAUGGUGUGAAGAAAGUAACUGUCGGAAAAGACAAACACUGUCUAGGUUACAUCAAGAUCGAAUACGAAAAAGACGGAAAAUUUGAAACCCGUGUUCACGGAACAAUGGAAACAAUUCUUGGAGAACUGAAAGAGUUUUCAGUGAAACCGAAUGAAUAUAUCACAGCCGUUGGUGGAAGCUACAAUCAUAUUUUCAAUUAUGAUUCAGUGUUUAUCACAUCGCUAUAUUUCACAACCUCCACUGGAAGAACCUCUCCAAAAUUUGGUGAGACGAAUGGAGACGAAUUCUUGCUGGAGGGAAAAAAUGGAGGAAAGCUUCUUGGAUUCCAUGGACGUUCUGGUCAACUUCUUGAUGCUAUUGGGCCUCACUUCGACACAGGUGUUGUUAAACUGGGACAACAAGGUGGUACUGGAGGCAACGCAUGGGACCAUGGCGUUUACAUCGGUGUAAGAAAGGUGGUUGUUACGUACAAUCCCCCUGGCAUAUCGCAUAUCAUUGUCGACUACGACAAAGCUGGCAAAGUGGAAAUGCGUCAAGAGGGGAAUCUGAAAGGAGAAAAUCAGGUCCCAGGAAAACAAUACGAGUUUGUACUUGACUAUCCAAAUGAGUAUAUUACAUCUAUUGAGGGGAGUUGUGACCUAGUCCCUGGCCUUACCAACCGAGUUAGGUCGGUGAGUUUCAGUACAUCAACAGAAAGAACAUCUCCUACAUAUGGAGGCGUGUGUGAAAAAACUUUCGUGCUGGAGAGCAAAGGUAAGGCUCUUGUCGGGUUCCAUGGACGGGCUGGUUUGGCUAUUGAUGCUAUUGGGGCAUAUUUUGGUCCGCUCCCUGUUGUUUCUGUUGUUAAACUGGGACAACAAGGUGGUACUGGAGGCAACACAUGGGACCAUGGCGUUUACACGGGUGUAAGAAAGGUGGUUGUUACAUACAAUCCCCCUGGGAUAUCACAUAUCAUUGUCCACUACGACAAAGCUGGCAAAGUGGAAAUGCGUCAAGAAGGGAAUCUGAAAGGAGAGAAUCAGGUCCCAGGAAAACAAUACGAGUUUGUACUGGACUAUCCAAAUGAGUAUAUUACAUCUAUUGAGGGGAGUUGUGACCUAGUCCCUGGCCUUACAAACCGAGUUAGGUCGCUGAGUUUCAAGACAUCAACAAAAAGAACAUCUCCUACAUAUGGAGGCGUAUGUGAAAAAACUUUCGUGCUGGAGAGCAAAGGAAAGGCUCUUGUCGGGCUCCAUGGACGGGCUGGUUUGGCUAUUGAUGCUCUUGGGGCAUAUUUUGGCCCGCUCCCUGUUGUUCCUCCUGCCGAGAAUAAACUACAAGGAUAA